GAUUAUCGCGAGACCAGUCCGGGACGUGUUUCUUUACUCAGGCACGAGUGUUCUUAGCCCGCCGUCUGCAGCUCAUUACCCCUACUGGGGUCCAUUUUCCUUUUCCGUAGACAGCGGCGCCCGGAGUGUGGCAGAGUGUAUUGCCAUGGGGAAGUCCAAGCCUUCCAGGGUGAGAAGACAGGCACCUAGAGCGCCAGCGGGGCCUCGCGGAGGCCCGGCCAAGGCCAACCCGAACCCGUUCGAAGUUAAAGUCAACAGGCAGAAGUUCCAGAUCCUGGGCCGAAAGACGCGCCACGACGUGGGGCUGCCCGGCGUGUCCCGCGCGCGGGCCAUCAGGAAGCGUACCCAAACUUUACUAAAGGAGUACAAAGAAAGGAAUAAAUCCAAUGUAUUUACUGAUAAACGCUUUGGGGAGUACAAUAGCAAUAUAAGUCCAGAGGAAAAGAUGAUGAAGAGGUUUGCCCUGGAGCAACAGCGACAUCAUGAGAAAAAAAACAUCUACAACUUAAAUGAAGAUGAAGAGUUAACUCAUUAUGGCCAGUCUUUGGCAGACAUUGAAAAGCAUAAUGACAUUGUAGAUAGUGACAGUGAUACUGAAGAACGAGGAAUAUUGUCUGCUGAACUGACUGCUGCCCACUUUGGUGGUGGGGAUGGGCUCCUCCACAAGACCUCUCAGCUGGAAGGCGAGGACAGGGACAGACCAAAGUCACGAAAAGAACUAAUUGAAGAACUCAUUGCAAAAUCAAAGCAGGAGAAGAGGGAAAGACAGGCUCAGCGAGAAGAUGCUCUUGAGCUCACAGAGAAGCUGGACCAAGACUGGAAAGAAAUCCAAACUCUCUUAUCACGCAAAACUCCCAAGUCAGAGAAGAGAGAGAAGAAGGAGAAACCAAAGCCAGAUGCAUAUGACAUGAUGGUUCGUGAGCUUGGCUUUGAAAUGAAGGCACAGCCUUCUAACAGGAUGAAAACAGAAGAGGAACUGGCAAAGGAGGAGCAAGAGCGGCUCAGAAAAUUAGAGGCUGAAAGACUACGGAGAAUGCUUGGAAAUGAUGAAGAUGAAAAUAAGAAGAAACCAAAACAUAUGUCAGCCGAUGAUUUAAAUGAUGGCUUUAUACUGGAUAAAGAUGAUAGGCGUUUGCUUUCUUACAAAGACGGGAAGAUGAACAUUGAGGAAGAUACCCAAGAAGAGCAAAGCAAAGAACCUGACAGCCAAGAGAAUGACCAGGAAGAUGGUGAAAGUGAAAGUGAUAAAGAGGGUGAAAAUGAAAGUGAAAGCAGGGAGGACCCAGAGGAGAGCGGAAGCACAGACAGCCACUCGGACCUGGAAUCUAAUGUAGAGAGUGAGGAAGAAAAUGAGAAGCCAAACAAAGAGCAACAUUAUACCCCUGGGAAAAAAAUGCUAAGUAAUGAUGAGAAAAUUGGAAAAGCUGCCAGAACUGAGCUACCCUAUACUUUUGCAGCUCCUGAAUCUUACAAAGAGCUGAGAUCUUUAUUAUUAGGAAGAUCAGUGGAAGAGCAGCUUUUGGUGGUAGAGAGAAUUCAGAAAUGCAAUCAUCCAAGUCUUGCAGUGGGAAACAAAGCAAAAUUAGAAAAAUUAUUUGGCUUCCUUUUGGAAUAUGUUGGAGAUUUGGCUACAAAUGAUCCACCAGACCUCAAAACAAUUGAUAAGUUGGUUGUGCAGUUAUAUAAUCUUUGCCAGCUGUUUCCUGAAUCUGCAAGUGAUUCCAUCAGAUUUGUUCUACGAGAUGCCAUGCAUGAGAUGGAAGAAAUGAUUGAGACCAAAGGGCGGGCAGUGUUCCCAGGGUUGGAUGUGCUCAUCUUUUUGAAAAUUGCUGGGCUGUUGUUUCCAACCUCUGACUUCUGGCAUCCGGUUGUGACCCCUGCCUUGGUGUGCAUGAGCCAGCUGCUUACUAAGUGCCGGGUCCUGUCCCUUCAAGAUGUGGUAAAGGGCCUGUUUGUGUCCUGCUUGUUCCUGGAGUAUGUGUCUUUGUCUCGGAGGUUCAUCCCUGAGCUUAUUAAUUUUCUUCUUGGGAUUCUUUACAUAGCAACUCCAAACAAGCAAAGCCAAGGUUCCGCUCUGGUGCACCCUUUCAGAGCACUUGGGAAGAACUCAGAAUUGCUCUUGGUCUCUAACAAAGCGGAUGUUUCCACGUGGCAGAAGGGCAGCCUCUCCCUGCAGUGGGCGAGCAAGCAGAGUGCCCCAACAGCAGCUGAGGCCAAUCAUGCCAGACUGUCCUGCCUAGCUGUGUGUCUGGCCCUGGCGAAGCGCUGUGUAUUCAUGUAUGGCACACUGCCAUCCUUCCACGCUAUCAUCAGGCCCCUCCAAGCCCUCUUAACAGAGCAUCUAGCAGACUGCAGCCACCCCCCAGAGCUCCAGGAGCUGUGUCAAAGCAUACUGUCAGAGAUGGAAAGCCAGAAGCCUCUCUUUCAGCCACUGAUCUGUGAGAAGAGCAAGCCUGUCCCACUGAAGCUAUUUACUCCCCAGCUGGUCAAAGUGCUUGAGUUUGGACGGAAGCAAGGCAGCAGUAAGGAAGAACAGGAAAGGAAGAGGUUGAUCCACAAACACAGGCGGGAAUUUAAAGGUGCCGUCCGAGAAAUCCGAAAGGACAAUCAGUUCCUGGCUAGGAUGCAGCUCUCGGAGAUCAUAGAACGGGAUGCUGAACGGAAGCGAAAAGUAAAGCAGCUUUUUAACAGCCUGGCCACACAGGAAGGUGAAUGGAAGGCUCUGAGGAGGAAAAAGUUCAAAAAAUAAAUGACAUUUUUCAAAUAAA